UCUCCCGGAAGUAGUAUGGAACCUUUUCACUCAUGCAUUAGCUGACAGAAGUGCCUCCCUGCUCCCGAGGAGAAGAGCAACAAAGUCCCACCAUGGCUGUUUUGUGGAAUAAAUUGUGACAACUACCGACAAGAUGAUGAACGACAUCAUAGAGGAACCGGAGAAGGACACCCUGCUGGAGCCGCAAGUCUUCCCGGGACCCAGUAAUGGCACCAGACCUAAAACAGCUGACGGAGGCAUCCGGCCAGUGGAGAAAAGAGGACCUUACAUCAUGUCGAGAGCUCCAGCAAUACACCUCAAACUACAGAAACACAGGGAGAUGGCGAGGAAAGCCCUGAAGAAGAAAGCUCUUUCUCCAGGACCCCCUGUGGUGCAUCAGCCCCGACAAGGAGCCAAGAGGACGGUGAAGUAUAACAAGGGCUACGCUGCUCUGAGUCAACAUGCUGGGGACAGUUUAGUGGCUCUGGACUCAGACAGUGACGAGGAGAUAGAUUUUGAGCAGUACUCUUCGGGAUACUCUUCAGCCGAGGUGCACCCUGAUCUGAGCCGGCAGCUGCUCCAGGACGGAUAUCGCCUCGAUGAGAUCCCCGAUGAUGAGGACCUGGACCUGAUCCCGCCCAAAAAAAUGGGUUCUUCUGUGUGUUGCUGCUCCUCCGAGAGUCCGUCCUGCUGCAUUCAAUGAGGUGGGACUCGGGACUCUAACGCAUGGAUGUUGUUAGGAAAAUGCUGAAUGUACUCUUCCAAUAUCUCAAGACAAAAUCUCAAGCCUGAGAUUCUCGAGAGCAAAACGUCACAAAUUACCCAAGAUUCAAGGAUUCAAGGCUUUUAUUGUCAUUUGUACAUAGCUACAGUGUAGUUAUGUACAUGAAAAUCUUAGGUCACAGGCUCCUCCAACAGGGCAACACAAUAAAACAGAUCAAAUGGUGCAAGUAAAUACAAAUAAAAUAGAAUAGAAAUAGUGCCUGUAUUUGCGCUUAUAGAUUUUGCAGAGUUGAGUUUUCCCUUAAGCCCCGCCCCCAAGAGAGAAAAUAAAUCUGGAUUCAGCUUUUAGUGCACUUUUACAGCUCUUAGGACAUAAUGAUUCUAAUAAGGGCUGUAAAAUAGUUCUCCCCUACUUUACAGACGUCUCUUUCCCCAUGUUGGUCAAUGGGAAAAAGUAUUUCUGGGCCCAGUGACGUCACGGACUGAUACGGAAGUUGUAGUACCGCCGUUUGGCCACUACAAAUAUUUUAUUUUUUUCGAAUAACCUGCUGCCUCAGGACUUCAGCUCUGAAGCCGGACUCCUCCAACGUUAAGACGAAAGAACAAGCCUUACUCACUGUGAUCAUCCCUUUUUUUAACCUUUUCUUUUUAUAGAACUUUAUUGAAAUGCUUACUAUGCCACUGCACUAAAGUGUGGCAUGUUAUUCCAUUAUGUGGGAUAUGUUCUAGUUUACUCAGAGGGCGAGAUGUCUUUUUUCCGCCCCAUGAACAGGUCUGUAAAGGAGAAGCUCACCUCCAAAAAUGGUUAUUUGUAUAUCAAGAACUCACCAUGUGUUACCUUGAAUUCUUAAAGGGACCCUAUUCUGCUGUUUGGGGGUUUUCCCUUUCUUGUAAUAAUAAUAAUAAAUUACAUUUUUAUUAGAGCGAUUUUCAAGGCACUCAAAGCGCUUUACAAUUACACAUUACACAUAUUAGACACUUAACAGUUAUUACUGUGGCCAAUGCCCACAGGAUCAAAUUAUUAUUAAUAUUAUUAUCAUUGUAGUGUAUUCUAUAUAGGUUUUGGUGCAUGGUCUGCAGAGG